AUGGUAAAGGAUGGGAGAGAGGCGAAGGGGGCGAGGUGGAGGAAUGCGGAAGGGAAGGUGUACAGCUCGGAUGAGGAGAAGCUGGAGACCCCUGCCGGUGAUGUAGCUGGCAGCGAGCAGGAAGAAGAGGGCUCAGGUGGUGACAGCGAGGAUGAAGGUUUCCUGGACAGUUCUGCGGGGGCCCCUGGGGCUCUUCUGGGACCAAAACCCAAGCUCAAGGGAAGCUUGGGGACUGGAGCUGAGGAGGGGGCGCCUGUGGCCACAGGGGUGGCGGCACCCGGGGGGAAGAGCCGGAGGCGCCGCACAGCCUUCACCAGCGAGCAGCUCCUGGAGCUGGAGAAGGAGUUUCACUGCAAGAAGUACCUGAGCCUGACAGAGCGCUCCCAGAUCGCCCAUGCUCUCAAGCUCAGCGAGGUGCAGGUCAAGAUCUGGUUCCAGAACCGCCGGGCCAAGUGGAAGCGCAUCAAGGCUGGCAAUGUGAGCAGCCGCUCUGGGGAACCCGUGAGGAACCCCAAGAUCGUCGUGCCCAUACCUGUGCAUGUCAACCGCUUUGCUGUGCGCAGCCAGCACCAACAAAUGGAGCAGGGGGCCCGGCCCUGAUGCCCAGGGAAUGCAGUGUGGAGGACCAGUGCCCAACUCACUGGCUUUGGGUUCCAAAGGGUUGUGGCGGACUCAGCCGAGAGGCCAGCUGUGCCCCUAACCCAGCCGGGCUGGAGAUGUGGAUGCUUGGCCCCAGCCUGUUCUAGAGACCUCCAGGACUGGGGCUUCAGGUACAGGGGCUUGGGUUCUGGUGGCCCAAGCCCUGGGGACCAUGGCAAACUCCUGGGGCAGGUCACAGUGGGGUCACAGAGCAUCUGGGGCCUGAAGGUCCCUGACUGAUGCCUCAAACAGCUUCUGGCAAGGAGGAGUCCAGGGUAAUUCCAGCCAGGCGGAGCACAGCUCCUUAUUUAUUUUGUGUAAAGUUUGUAUAUAUGGAGCCAUCAGUCUCUGUCCAUCUGUCUGUCUGCACCCCUGAGAGAGACCAGGAAAGGUCUGUUUCCUCCAUCCUCGGCCAGAGCUCUUCUUGCUUUGGUGUGGGCACUGACAGGCCUCUCUGGUACAAAGACGUACAGUCUCUGUGGAAAUCAUUCAGCUUCUGUGUUCCCACUCACACCUCUUCCCUGUGCUCCAACCCACUCUGUCCUGUGCCCGGUAAACAGGCUCACUUCUUCCAUUGGUUCUGCCUUCCCUUGGGAGUGGCAGCCAGCUCUAGGGUGAGACUCACGCCCAUUGGUAUUAAAGGGAAAUGAAAUCUGUAACCCUCAUUUGACUGUAGUUAUGUCACUUGUCCUCUCAGUAGCAGGGCAGGGUUGGGGCUCCCUGGGCCCACUGUGAGCUCCUGAAGAGCUUCCACCUCCCCAGCAUUAAAUGGCUCUCUCCUCCCUGCUACACUGCUUUGAAAGCUCAGCUACCAGUGUCUUCUGUUACAGAACAAGUGGAUUCAGAGGGUCACAGCCCAUGGUUGUGGGAGGGUGUGCAUGGUAGGGAAGACCAUGGAGAUAGGAGCCAGAUAGGAGUUUUGGGAUCAGAACUGUUGAAAAACUAAACAACUGUGUCAGUGGACAAAGUUGACCCCUGGAGCAGGGCUCUGAGGAUACAGCUGCAGACAGCAGGUGGUGGGGACUGUCACAGAAAUCCAUUGCGGCUGGCAUCAUGGUGACAGGGCCUCUUGGGAGAGAAAAGGACCUGUACUCAUUAGAGAGGGGAAUUGGAGUGGACAAUGGGGCCUCUGAGAAGGCAGGCAGGCUAUGGAGUUGGCAGGGAAUCCCAGGAACUAAGGCAAUAAGGUCAGGGGUCGGGGUCAAGUAACUGGUCAGCCUCCUCACCACCACAGAGGCCAACUUCCGGCUACUCCCAGUCCCCAAGGUGAAACUAGAGUGUCUCACCCACUCAAGCAGCGGGUGACACUGAGAUCACCUCUCCCUGGCCUUCACUACUCCCAGCUGGUGUUGGUACCCUGCCCUGCCACAGCAGCCCACAGUGAUGACUGACCAGCAAUGCUGAUGUCACAACCUUCCUGUGAGUUCACAGGUCCAGGGGAGGUUACCUCUGGUCCUCAGUUGCAUUUCAGCAGGGCUUGGGAAUUCAGCUGUCCUGACCUCAGCGUGGUCCUGCACUCAACACCUACAGGAUCAGGCACUUUCCAGAUGAGCCAGGCAGAGGCCGAUGAUGACAGGUGCUGUCCUCCGUUCAGCAGGGCUGGACCAGAGGCUCUGUAGCUCUGUCUCCUGUGCAGCUGCCUAACCUGGGCCCGCAGGACUCAACAGCACAAACAGUUGGCCAUUAGGAGACUGAGAUGACCAUUGCUGGGGUUCUCCAAGUCCACGGGCCAAGUCCUGCACACUUGUGCCCUGUCUUUGCUUUUAAUAAUAGCCUUGCA